CUCAGUUUGAGCUCUGUCAGUGUUUGUUCAGUCAGCAGAGGAACAUGGCUUCAUCCUUUCUGGGCUUUUCCCUCCUCUUCCUCAGCCUGAACGCAGCAGAUGGAUUCAUGGAAUAUUAUUUGUGGCGCUGUGAGUUCACCUCCUCUGAGCUGAAGGACAUCAAGUUCACUUUAUCUUAUUAUUUCAACAAGAAGGAGUACGCCAGGUUCAGCAGCUCAGUGGGGAAACAUGUCGGCUUUGACAAACACGGCAUUUACAACGCAGAGAGAUGGAACAACAACACUGCAUUCCUGGCACAGAUGAGAGCAGAGAAGGAGAGAUACUGCAAACCCAACAUUGACAUCGACUACAGCAUUGCUCUGACCAAGAAAGUGGAGCCCUCUCUUGUCACGUUGCGCUCGGUGACGCCCCCCGGUGGGAAACACACCCACAUGCUGAUGUGCAGCGUCUACGACUUCUUCCCUAAGAACAUCAGUGUGAAGUGGCUGAGAGACGGAAAGGUCACGACCUCUGAUGUCACUUCCACUGAGGAGCUGGCGGACGGUGAUUGGUACUACCAGAUCCACUCCCACCUGGAGUUCACGCCCAGGUCUGGAGAGAAGAUCUCCUGCGUGGUGGAGCACAUCAGCCUGAGCGAUGCUCUGAUCAAAGACUGGGAUCCGUCUCUUCCUGAGUCUGAGAGAAACAAGAUCGCCAUCGGAGCUUCAGGUCUGAUUCUGGGUCUGAUCUUAUCUCUGGCUGGAUUCAUCUACUACAAGAGGAAGAUGAAAGGACGGAUUCUGGUUCCCACAAACUGAGUGCUGCCCCCUGCUGGAGAGGAGGACAUCCAGGAUGGAGCUCAGCUUCCUGCUCACAGCCUCAGCAGCAGCUGUUUGAAACCUUUAGUGCCUUAACAGAUUCUUAUAUUUCUGCUGGAGUGAGAUGUCUUCUUGGUACAAUAAACCUUUGGGCAACACUGUCA